UCCAGCUCUUAUUAAAAACACUAUAUAUCUUCUCCACCCUUAGAUCUUUAACUUUACUUUCACACUUAGUUCGAUUUGAAUAUCUGGUAUAUAUACAGAUAGACGCUGAUUUUGUCAUGGAUUCCUUAAGAAAAAAGCCUCAGAGAGGGCCAAAACGGAAAAAUUACAUGAAAGCGCAAAAAGGUUUUCAGAUUGACUGCAAAAUAAUAAACAACAAACCGGUUCCCAAAAACGUAGAGCCGUGUACAGAGAGGGACUACGCUCGUCAGCUUCAAAAUUGGGAUGACUUCAAUAGCGAAUUUGGACCGCGAACAGUCGAGUCCCUGGAAGAUCUCAAAGAGUUCAUGUCUCGCCUAGGGUACGCUAUGAGAGAAGGAAUGGAGCCUGAUGAGACCCUUUCGUGGCAGGGAAUCAGAUCGUACUGGAAAAAGUUUACGGCGGGAUACCGGAGAGAACGAGGCGAGAUAUCGGCAGAGCAUGUGCUAUCCAUCUCACGCCUGAUCGAGCCAAAAGGGGAGCUAGGAAAACUUCUCAAUAUCGUACCGGACCAUGGGCCGCGGAAGCACGCCACCGCUGCCACGUUCAUCUGGGUCGGAGAGUACCUCUGGGGCCACGACUGGAAGAUAUUUUCUCGGCCGCGCCUGCGCGUGGAUCUCUGGGCGUGCCUCUCCCUUGCGGCGUAUACCUCAGCCCGCGUUUCGGACUAUCUCGAAUCUUCGGCCCGGGGCGGAAGCGAAGUCGGUCUCUACUACAGGGACACUACCCUCAUUGUCUUCCAAAACGAGCGCAACGACCCGGAAUUUGCGUUGCAAGUGACGAAAAAACUAAAGGGGCAUCAUCCCUUAUCUAGCAAACUGCCUACCCCAGACAUCCACGAGGGUGGUGUUUCCGAACGUCGACCGCUCUACAUGAACCCCAUGCUAUUUUUCCUGGCCAUCUUCUAUGCAAGGGGGGCCUUGAGAGAUUACCGCGGAGCUCAAGGCCUUUCCCGGCUCUUGGACCUGAAAGUCCCCCCCGGCCAGAAACAGAUACUCAUCCACUGGCACCAGAGCGUCCUGAACCAGCCUGUCUUUUCCGGUCCCAGCGGAAAAAUCCUGACGGCGGGUGCCUUCACCAAGGAGCUGCGGCCGGCGGAGAUCAGGGCCGGCUUUCCAGAUCCCCCAAGUCUUCAUGACUACAGGGCAGAGGGCCUUACCAAUGUCGAUUCGAACCCGCUGUACUCGGACACCCGGAGGCAGAGGUUCGCGGGCCACGAGAACAACAAGAUGCAGCAACAGCACUACGCGAGCAGAAACCCGGGGAUCGAUAGCCAAGCCGCGUACCUAGGUAUGCAAGCUCGGGGAGUCAACGUUGGUGAAUGUUUUCGUCAACUCGAAGUCCGAUGGGAGCCGGCAUUAUGGCAAUCUUUACCGGCUGCGAAGCAGGAGGAGCUGACCCGGUCAAAGGAGUACCAGGGAAUCUUGGCCCAGAUCUCGGCAAUAUCGGCCGUCAAACGUGGCCGCAGGUCCAGAGAAAGAUUGGGCACCGCCAAGCUCAGCUUCGAGGAGAAGGACUUGUCCUCGGACGACGCCUUCGGCGUCCUCGCACACCCGGACCGUAAACUCAGGAGAGAUUUGGCAGCGAUGCAACGGAAGGCUCUGAGCAAGCUCUGGAAAGAGAAGUCGACGCAGGCCCAAGUCGGCUCCCGGACGUACACCUGUCGGGGGGUAGACCACCCGUUCUCCCGUCUACGGCCGAUCUUGCCAUUGCGUCGACAAUUGGCCGAUUUCCUACUUACAGAUGCGUCUCUCCGAAGCCCGAUCGGGAGAGCGGCACUCGAUGCCCUGAUCAAUCUCUAUAAUAGCAAGACGGAGGUGGAUCGCUACGGACUCGACCCAAGCCAAUGUCCAUGCCCAAUGCCUAACCCGAGCCAAUUGCAUGUUUACGACUGCAGGAAGAGGAACUGCCCGUCUGCCGAGUUCUGUUUCCUCUGUAACGAGUGGUUCUCGGAUCCCGAGGCCUGGGAGCAACAUUGUCGUCACCAUCUAGAACACGACCCUCUUCCCGUGGAGCUGGCAUGGCAAAGGAUCGAGAGCACCUUCUUGCCGGGAUACUGUCCCUUCUGCUUAUGGGACCCGUACCUUGGCGCGGCAAGUCGCCUUCAUCCAUUCUGCUCCCGGGACAGCUGGGAAAAUCACAUCCGGUCUCACGGCGUGGAGUGGCUGGCGCGAUGCCCAGACAAGCGCUGUGCAGAGCCAUGCGACGAUGCGCAGACUUUCAGCUAUCACAUGUACGACGUGCAUCGUAUCCCGCUGGGGGUUUGCGAGGCGUCUAGAGGGAGGCUCAAGAGGGAGUUAAGCGCCGAGUUCGAGAGCAGCAGCGACACAAAAAGGAUAAAAAUAGAAGAAGGUCAGGUCUUAAAGACGGAAUUCGUCUUCGAGUACCAUACCGGACUAGUCGGAUGCACUAAACACGUACCUGUCUAAUUCCAGCCAGUGGCCGGAACUGGACAUGAUGAACAUUUGGACAACAAGUACUAAAGCAGAGAAUAGAAAAGAAGAACAAGAUAAAAGAAAAAGAAGAAGAAGGAGAAAAAAAAAAGUCUUACUAUAUAGCUCAUUAGUUUAAUUACAUGAAAAAUCAUUCCUACAAAAACCAUGGUCAUACCAAAGAAGCUAAGUAACCUGGAGCGCGGGAGGUGGCGUACCAAGUGCAGGAUAGCGCUAUCUCAGCACAUCGGUAGGACUUGACUCUGCCUAGGCUUAAACGAACGGACGCUAAUUCAAUAACUAGAGGCGAAGCUCGGUCUCCGGCU